AUGUAAAGGAGUCAUCCCUCAUAAAUAUCAAUAAAUAGAUUAACAAAUUCUUUAUUAGAAUGUAUAUUGAAAGAGCAGCAUGGUAGCAUAAAAUUUGAUAUAAUAAAGAAAUUUUAAGAAAAUAUAAAUAAUAAUGAAAUUCAUUCAUAUAUUAUUUAGUUAUGGUAUUAUUGAUUAUAAUAUAUUAGUUAUAUUUAUUAUGUAACAGGUAACAAUCAUCUUGAAGAAUUUUUAAAAAAGUAUGGUUUGAUGAAUUCUUCAAAUUAUUAUAGAUUAGAAUGGACUUUAAAGGCAUUAAGUGAGGAUUCCAAAUAUUACCCCAUAUAAGAUUAUUUCAUAAAAUUCUAAACAGUAAUCAAUGGAGUAAUUUUAGCUUAUGAAACAUGAAUAUGUAAACAAAGGAUUAACAUCUACUAAUAGCAGAGAAGAUUAUUUUUAGGAUAGUAAUAAAUAUAUAUAAAUUAUAUAUUUAGUGUAUUUAAUUAAAGAAGCUAGAGCAAAUUAUUAAGAUAGAUAAGAUUAAUUAAUUUUUAAUUUAAUUGAAUAGAGUUUAAGACUUAAAAGCAUAGAAAUAGAAGAAAGAAAGGAAUAAAUGAUAGCUUUUUUAAAAAAGAUUAAUCAAAAUAUAAAUUAUUUAUGGUAAAUAACUUCAUAAGGUGGGAUAACAAUACCAUUCAAUCAUGGAUUAAUAGAUUCAUAUUUAGUAGUUCAUAUACUUGAAGAUGAGUUUACUUGUUUCAAUACUGCAAAAAGAGUACCUUACAAAAUUAUUGUAGAAACUAUUGAGUAAUAAUAUAAAUGAUUUAUUUAGUCCAUCUGAAAUAGAACUUAUAAAGAAAGCAUAAGAAAUCUAUUAAAAUAGUAAUGAUAUCUAAGAAUUAAAUCCAUUUUAUGAUAUUGAGAAAGAAAUGAGAAGCAUAGCCCAAUUAAAGAUACUCUAAUAAUAUGACAUUGAUGAAUUAAAAAAGUAUUGUAUCAGGAUAUAUGAGAUUGGCAUUAAAAAAAGUAGAAUUCCAUUUAAAUUCUGAAAACUAAAAAAUAAAGAAAAAACCACGAGAUAAAGAUAUUUAUGCAUCAUCAACUAAUUGUAAUUCAAUUUGGGGAGAAGAUUGGAAUGAGACUUAGUCUAGAAUUCGUAAGUAAUCUUAAUUUGGACAACUUAAAACUUAUCAAAUAAGAUAAAUUAUUGUUAAAGGAGGUGAUGAUUUAAGGAAUGAAUUAUUAAUAAUGUAAAUGAUAAAGAAAAUAAAAGAAAUAUUUGAAAAACAUAAAUUAGAUAUCUUUUUAAGACCUUAUGAUAUAAUUUUAACAUCACCAAAUAGUGGUAUAUUAGAAUUUAUACCAAAUACUGUUUCAAUUGAUAAAAUUAAGAGAGAUUAUUAAGGUUAUUCUUUAAAAUAAUUUUAUGAGAAUUUUUUUGAUUGCUUUAUUGAUGCUUAGAUGAAUUUCUUGUAAAGUCUUGCAGGUUAUUCAUUAAUUUGUUAUCUUUUUUAAUUGAAGGAUAGACAUAAUGGAAAUAUAUUGAUAGAUAAUUAAGGACAUAUUAUACAUAUUGAUUUUGGGUUUGUUUUAACUUUAACACCAGGAAAUUUAGGUUUUGAAUCUGCACCAUUUAAAUUAAUUGAAGAAUAUGAAGAACUUUUAGAUGGGAAAGGUAGUUAUUUUCAUAAUUACUUUUAAACUUUAAUAUUUAAAGGUAUAUAAUAAUUAUUUAAUUUUUUAGGUUUAAUGGCAUUGUAAACAGAAAUUGAUGAAAUAAUAAAUUUUGUUAAGAUUAUGAAUUUCAGUCCUAAACAUAAUCUAUUAGUGAGUUUGGAGAAAUUUAAAAUUGAAGAUUUCAGAAAGAGAUUUAUGGAAAAAUGCUCUACAGAUUAAUUAUAUGAAUAUGUAUAGAAUCUUGUAUAAGAAUCCAGUAAUUCAUGGACCACAACUCUCUAUGAUUAUUUUUAGUUUAAGACCAACUCUAUAUAUUAUUGA